AUGGAUAAUAAUAUUCCGCAAUCAAUAUCAAGUCCUUUGAUUGAGACUGAUUUAGUAUCUGUAACAGCAUCAAAACGUACAUUGAGAUCAUCUUCUAGUAGUUCCAGCUCAUCUUCUAGCUCCGAAAGUAGUAGUUCUUCAAAAGCUCUGUGGAUCAACUGUUGUAACCCUUUCCUGACGAGAUCUUCUCAACGAAAUUUCAGAAUGCCGCUGACCGGUGCCGAACGGCAAAAAAAGUACAUUGAAAAACUGAAAGAGCAAAACCCUGAAAAAUAUGAAGAAAAAAGAAAAAAACACCUGGAGAAAGUGAAACAAAAACAAAAAAAAUAUCAAAUGUUAUUGAUAGUGAAAAAGAAGCUCGAAGACAAAAAUGGAAAGAGAUAA